UUUUACGUGGGUUUGACGCCACCACAACGCCAAACUCGACGCCAUCCGAUACCAGUAUGACGGACAUUCGAGCCGAGCCGUGCUUCCGGUCGGCGCUCUUGUGGGGCAUUGCGACAGGCGCCGGCAUCGGCUUCCACCGCUUCCGCAUCACCAAGCAGGUCAAGACGGCCUGCGACUACGCGCUCUACUCGUUCGUUGGCGUCGCCGGCGCGUCGUGGGUCGUGUGCCGCGCCGCGCAGGCCGAGAAGCUCAAGCAGCAGCAGCGCAUCCUCGACACGAUGAACCUUCCGGAAGAGAAGCGCCCGACGCAGUACUUUCGGUCCGAAGUCGUGCCUGAGGCCAAAGAGCAAUAAGAACACGCUUGCUCUUCCUACAUCUGUAGCUUGUCGCCUCGUUGCUACACGUUCGC